GUCUCUAUAAAUAAGUGAAAAUGGAGAAAUUAAAUAACGUUUUGUUAGCAAUAUCGCUGAGUGUUUUGUUGGGUGUGGCCGGUCAAUAUGAGUGGCAAAUUCGAGACGCUUUCGACGAAAUUCGAGGAAAAAUAGACAAAGUUUCAUCGGACAACUGUUACAUAACACAUUUAGACGACUUAUUCUUACCAGAGGACUCAGUAUCACACCAUCCUGACGUGAAAGAAAUAAAUAUAAACCCUGUGUUUCCGAACCGCACAGCGAUGUUACAUUUGCACAAUAUGGCCAUGAAUAGGGCGUUUUUCUGGAGUUACAUUCUCCAAUCAAGAUUCAUACGCCCCGCUAUUAACGACACUUACGAUCCUGGCAUGAUGUAUUACUUCCUCUCUUCUGUUGCCGACGUGUCUUCAAACCCUUACAUUAAUGCUAGUUCGAUAUAUUUUUCACCGAAUAUGUCUUAUACAUCGUCGUAUAGAGGAUUUUUCAAUAAGACUAUGCCCCGUUUCGCGCCAAGAGCGUACCGGGCAGAUGAUUUUAACGACCCUGUUCAUCUACAAAAGAUAUCAACAUUGAAUACGUUCUACGUUGAAGACUUAGGAGCGUUUGACAAGGAAAGUCUGUCUAAGGAUUAUACAUCUGACUUUUACCGUAUAAAUGAGUGGUAUCAACUCUGGUUGCCGGAUAAAGUAGAUAAGCGACAUGAUACGAAGACUACGUACAGAGUGGAGAUCAGAUAUGCCAAUAAUACUAAUGAAACUUUUACCUUCCAUGGUCCACCGGGGAAUGAUGAGGUCCCUGGUCCCGUGAACUGGACACGUCCGUACUUUGACUGUGGAAGGCUGAAUAAGUGGUUGGUAGGAGCAGUUUCACCUGUAGCCGAUAUUUACCCUCGACACACUCAAUUCAGACAUAUUGAGUAUCCUACGUACACGGCAGCUGUUGUUAUGGAAUUGGACUAUGACAGAAUAGACAUAAACCAAUGUCCACCGAGUCAGGGGAAUGAUAAACCAAAUAGGUUUGCAUCAACGGCUCGCUGUAAGAUUGAAACUACUGAGUGCGAGCCUAUUCACGGUUGGGGCUUCCGCCGCGGCGGGUACCAGUGCCGCUGCGCGCCUGGCUAUCGACUACCACGGUUGGUGCGGCGGCCGUUCCUUGGCGAGAUCGUGGAGAGAGCUACGUCAGAUCAGUACUACAACAACUUUGACUGCAAACCUAUUGGCUGGAUCCAGCGCCUCCCCGUGGAGUGGGAGCGGGCGCACCCGUUCCUUCGCGCCCUCUACUUGGACCAGUAUUACGAAUACGUGAACGCCACCAGCGGGCCCGCUGCUUUGCAUACAGAGCGUGUCAACGUCUAUGAGGUUUUGAACUUUAUACGAGGUGUUCAGCCCCAUAAUUGCUCCAAAUACAACCCCUCCGACCUAUUCCUAAACGGCGACAUAGCCUUCGGUGCCGAGGAACAAUUUGAGAACCAAGCAAAGAUGGCUGUGCGCCUCGCGAAUUUCAUCAGCGCGUUCCUGCAAGUCUCCGACCCGCACGAAGUGUUCAGCGGCACCAGAGUUGCUGAUAAGUCGUUGACUGAGGACCAGAUGAUUGGAGAGACAUUGGCUAUUGUCCUGGGAGAUUCUAGGAUUUGGUCCGCAGGUAUGAGCAUAUUUAGUUGGUCAUAG